AUCCUCCUGCCUCAGCCUUCCAGAGUGCUGGGAUCACAUGUAUGUGCCACCAUGCCCAGCUUGGGUUGGUGAUGUCCUGUGAGAUUCUCUUGGCCAAUUAAGGACACUCUUGGCUGACUUGAUGGACUGAGAAGGCACAUGGAAACACCCAAGCUGUAAGACCACAGAGGCCUGUGGAGGCCACAGCCCUGGGACCUCCAGCCACUCCAUCCAUCCUCGGAGCACAGACCUGGAGGCCUCGAGGCUGUGACAGAGGCAGCCCUGGGUCCCAGCCAGCCUCCCGAGGCCGGGCCAUGGGCAACGUGGUGGAGGGCAAGUCGGUGGAGGAGCUGAGCAGCACUGAGUGUCACCAGUGGUAUAAGAAGUUCAUGACCGAGUGCCCCUCGGGCCAGCUCACCCUCUAUGAGUUCCGCCAGUUCUUCGGCCUCAAGAACCUGAGCCCCUCGGCCAGCCAGUAUGUGGAGCAGAUGUUCGAUACCUUUGACUUCAACAAGGAUGGCUACAUCGACUUCAUGGAGUACGUGGCUGCGCUCAGCCUGGUCCUCAAGGGGAAGGUGGAGCAGAAGCUACGCUGGUACUUCAAGCUCUACGAUGUAGAUGGCAACGGCUGCAUUGACAGGGAUGAGCUGCUCACGAUCAUCCGGUUUCGCCAUUGGUACUGGGGACAGAGCGUCCACUGCAUCCCUCACUCAGCUCUCCUCUCCCAGGCCAUCCGCACCAUCAACCCCUGGAGCGCCACGGCCAUGAGUGCUGAGGAGUUCACGGACACCGUGUUCGCCAAGAUCGACGUCAACGGGGACGGGGAGCUCUCGUUGGAGGAGUUCCUGGAGGGCGUCCAGAAGGACCAGGUGCUGCUGGACACGCUGACCCGCAGCCUGGACCUCACCGGCAUCGUGCGCAGGCUGCAGAACAGGGAGCAGGAAGAGGUGCCAGGCGACGCGGUGGGGGCAGCGGGCUGAGCCUGGCUCCUGUCCGGGGUGGGAGGGAAGCCCGGGUGGGGCCUGGUGUCACUGUCGCUGUUGUUAUCCUAAUAUUACACAGGAUCC